UUGUGAUAACAAAUUAGACACACAUUCCUUGCUCUUUCCUUCUUCUCUUUGCCCUUUUUCUUUCUUCUAACUCUCCCUUUCAACAUCUCAUAUAUAUCUUACGACAAUGUUUGUUCUCCAACACACCUCCGUUGGGCGCUCUCGUCUCUUCUUCACUCCACACCCCCACAUUCCAACUCCAAGAGCUCUGCUUGAUUGGGGAUUUAUGCGUCCGUUUGGCAUCUUGGUGCUUCACAUCAAGCAAUCAAAACAGAAUGAGAGUUGGAAAUGUGUGUACGAAUAUUUGGGUUAUACUUAAUCAGAUUUUUGAACGUGUAAUUAGUUUAUUUAGGAGAUGCACAUUCGUUGUUCUAUCUAUGGGUUCAAUUCCUGUUCAUGUUGCUUUCAUAAUGGAUGGGAAUAGGAGAUUUGCAAAGAAAAGAAAGUUGGCAGAAGGGGCUGGCCAUAGGAUUGGGUAUUUGGCUUUGACAUUCAUGCUCAAGUAUUGCUAUGAAUUGGGUGUGAAGUAUGUAACUGUUUAUGCCUUCAGCAUCGAUAAUUUUAGAAGAAGUCCUGAAGAAGUUCAAAGUGUGAUGGAUCUGAUGUUGGAAAAAGUUGAAUUGCUGAUUAGAGAAGAAAGCCUUGUGAAUCAAUAUGGAGUUAGACUUCACUUUUUAGGAAACUUAAAUCUAUUGAGUGAACCUGUCAGGAAAGCAGUUCAAAGAGCUAUGGAAGCCACUAGAAACAAUAACAGAGCAGACCUUGCUAUCUGUGUUGCUUACACUUCCACUGAUGAAAUUGUUCAUGCUGUUGAAAGGUCUUGUGAAGAGAAAUGGAAUGAGAUGAAUUCAAAAAGUGCAAGUGGAGUAGGAUAUGGUUUAAGCAAAUUAGGUGUGGCUAAAAAUGGUGAGAACUCCAUAACAUUAGCCGAUGUCGAGAAGCAUAUGUAUACCGGAGUUGCUCCCGACCCUGAUAUGUUAAUUCGCACAUCUGGAGAGGCCCGCUUGAGCAAUUUCCUUCUAUGGCAGACCUCUUUAUGUUAUUUGUAUUCUCCUUCUGUUCUUUGGCCAGAAAUAAAUUUUUGGCAUUUUUUGUGGGCAAUGUUGAAUUUUCAAAGAAACAAUCAUCAUUUGGUAAAGAAAAGGAAACAAUUAUAAUCUCCAUUCCUAGUUUUCUCAAGGAAAUAGAUUUGAUGAUUAUUGUUAUGGAGGUUCAUGUUUUGUUUUCCCUUAAUAUUAUUGGGUAAGUUAAUGUAACUCUAUUAUCUUCUCUUGGAACACCUCUUAUGUAUGUUGUAUACAAGUUAUAAUAAUAGUACAACUUUUUUGCCGCUUA